AACAAUGCAGGCAAGUAAUACGGCUGUUCCGGCACCAGCUACACAACAACAGUCAAGAACACCUUUUAGCCUUGUACGAUGUGUUGCCGCUUGCUUGCUAGCCCUUAUUGUCAUUCUUGGUCUAGCCGUGUUGAUCACUUGGCUAGUCAUUAACCCCAAAAAGUUGGUCUACACACUUGAAAACGGUUCAGUCCAGAAUUUCAACCUAACCAACAACCAUCUCAAUGCCACAUUCGAUUUUGUUCUCAGGGCGCAUAACCCUAACAGAAGACUCUCUGUCUACUACGACUACAUCGAGUCUACGGUGAAAUACGAAGAUCAAACCAUCGCGUUCAAUACAAUCGAUCCCUUCUUCCAGCCUCACAGGAACGUCAGCCGAGUCAAAUCGAGACUGGUGGCUCUAAAUUUGGCGAUAUCGCCGCCAACAUCUAAAGAUCUCAUGGUUGAAACAGCAUCAAGGGAGAUUCAAGUUGAUGUUCGUUUUAAGGCAAGGACUCGGGUUAAGGUAGGCAUAUGGAAGUCUAAUCAUCGUACUCUACGGAUUGUUUGUUACUCGGCGACGUUUCAUUUAUCUUGGUAUAAACAUUUUGACAAGAUUCCAUGUGAAACGGAACUUUAGUGUAUGAUUUUUUUGGAACAAUCACCCU